ACGAUAAUAUUAGCUCAAUCUGAUUGGUAUGGAGCCUUAUUUAAAAUGAAAAAGUAUUUAUAAUAGAGUAAUCGUUGUAGAUUUGAUUAGAUGCAGGCGUAGUAAUGGAAGACAAUUAGUUGUGAUGCCCAGCAGGUAUUAGUUUAGUACAAAUGGAGCAUCAUUUAACCUUCAAAAUUUUGAAUAAUGUUGCUAUAUAAGGGUAGAGUAAAAAUAGAACAUGCAGUACAAUUUGUAAAAUUAAUAGAAAACAUAAGGUACAAGAGAGUACUCUAGUCAUGCAAUUAUUUCUCUUUGAUCUAUUAUUGCGUUAAUGUACCAGAUUGACAACGAACACCGGUAGCACUAAUCGAUACAACACGACGCACUCUCGCGUGUAUAAUUUAUAUCUUUUUUGUCGUCAUAAAUAUAUUUUUGGUGUAGAAAGAGGAUUGAACUAUCUCAGUCCAAACAACCAACGCUGAUCAGCUACUCGACGAAGCUGGUGCGAUGAACAUAAAGAAUUACUGCUGAUAAUGGUGUAUCGAUUUCACAACUCCCUUUUGAAUUGUUAUGACCGAGUCGUUAAACCGGUUUCGACCGUCUUUUCGGCUUGUGUCUCCGUUCAGCUGUUUAGGAAUUGCGCAACCGCGAUUUCGCAAUAUUUAAUUCACACUCUCACGACCAUUGAGACAAGCUUUCGCAACAACCUGUAUAUCAACAGCGCUAGGAUGAUGUUCGAAGAUUUAAUGUUAGCCAAACGUCUUAUAAAAUCCGAAAAAACAAAAACUAAGCUAUCAAGUCUUUUAGUUUUUGCUAUAAUGACCGCAGAGAUAUGAAAUAAAUUUUCCCGGCUGUAGAUUUCGUAUGGCACAACCAAAGCAUAUUUUUGAAUAUAAUACAACGGUUACUCACGCCAUAAAGCUUCAUCAAUAUUUCGAUUGCGAUCGGUGGUGUGUUCGUUAUUGCGAAAGCCACAUCGAUCUUGCGCUCACGUUUUAUUAAAGAAAGAAACCAAUGCGCCUCGUGUCUGUUUCUUUAUCUCACUGCGAGCCGUUUUCUCUCGCUUCUCUGUGACAUCACAAUAUUUCGCAACAAAGUCAGCUGGGACGAAACCAUUUCAGGUGGUAUUUUACGUGUCCAAAAACGUCUACUCGGCCUAUAUGAGACAUACGAACUAUAGAAAGAGAAUAAAAGAGCGAGCCACAGCUGUUUUGUGUGGCACUGCAAAUUAUUACCCCUCUCACUAAUAAUAUUGGUUUCGCCCGCAUCGGCAACCUUGUUUUUUAUGCGGCUGGCUGAGUUGGGUUCCAUCUCCGAAGGAUGCGCAGCGCGAUUUAAAACAGCUUGCAGUCAGCCGGUGUAAUUAUUUCAAUCGUACCAUGCUAUACGAGAGGUUCUACAAGCAAGUUAACUUUUAUAAUUGAAACGUUCGUUUCAGAAGGCUGUCUCAUUUAUUAGUGAUAAAUAUCGAAACAGAUGGCACCUUUGAAUAACUGCAGUGCAACUCCGCUCAUCGGCAAAAUCAGCAAAGUCGAAGGAGCAAUGUCAGUAACCGUUGCCAAAGCUUCACAAGUCUGCGAAAGUUCCUCAGAAGAAAUUGGCAGUAAAAUGCUUGAUCUCAAUCAUAAUGAAGUGAAGGAUGAAUGUUCAUUAAAACCUUGCGUAGAAGAAGAAAAACCUGCGCCAAAACGACCAAGCCUGCAAGAUAUCAAUGCAAGGACGAGGCGAAUGAUUUUCAAUAUGUUCAAUAAACACUUGAACACUAAUCUCAACGUCUUAGUGAUUGGACAACGCGGAGCAGGAAAAACAUCGCUCAUAAAUUCAAUGUCCAUGGCAUUAACACAGAAAUGGUCCGACAAAGCCAAAUAUUGUCCUGGUCGAAACCACGUAAUCGACGAGUGUGUGUUACACAAGAAUGAAUCUGGAGGGAAAGUGGUUUUCGCUGAUACAAGGGGGUUUGAAGAUAUUCACGAAACCGAUCAUGCAGUACUUAUUCUCAGAUAUGUUUUUGAAGGAAGAAUUCCGGCCAAAUGCAUACCCUGUGUGCUGCUCAUGAACAAAGAACUUAUAAAAAAGCGAUAUCACAAAUCAUAUGAACCACAUAGAAAAAUCGACUGUGUUCUUUUCGUAUCAGCAGUGGAUGAACAACCUGCCACAAGACUGAUGUCUAUCGUGCAACAGGCGAUCUCAACAUCGAAACAUUCAUCAGUAAAUAAAAUUCCAAUUGUUUCUGUAACAACGAAGUCAGAUGUAUUGAGUGAAGAAGACUCCAGCGUAUUGGAAAAGUCUCGAGGUAUCUAUCAAUACAGCUUGGAACAUUCAUUCCCAGCGAGGGAACCUGAGCGUGGUUUUAUGGAGCAUACACCCAGAAAAGUCGUAAAUUAUUUUUGUGAACUAGAGCCAUUCAGCGAUGAAUCUGCUAAUCCAUCAUCUGUUGAACCAUCAUUGGAAAAGGACACUCAACUUCUAGCGGUCUGGAGGGACAUUAUAGCGCGUACCACGGCGUGUGGUGGUGGCGACAAGAGAAAACGGGCGUAUUCUACGCCCUCUUCAUCACGAGGCCAAAUGUGUAGUUGUUUGCCGUUUAAAUUUGAUUACAUGCGACUUAGGAGCGGCUCUUUCUGACUAGCACGCCCCAGUCAGAAACGAAAGAGACUUGUAAAUGGAAAUAACAAUGAAUGAUCUUGUUGAAGAAUAUUGAUUUUAUGUGUAUAUUGUAGUGGGAACUACGUUGCGUUUAAACACUGUUAGCCGUGCUCGAUGAAGCCUUUUAUACGAAUUCUUUCUACGUGAGCAUGUGACCAAGUAGGGUUCAACAUGUACGACACUGAUUUGUAGUUGACGCUGGAUGUCUCUACGAUAUUUGCUGGUGCUCUUAGUUUUUUUGCGAUUUUAUUAAUUCAUUUCAUGCACUGUUUCGUGGUUGCUUUCUUUUUAAGAAGCAUCCUAUAAUUACUAUCGCGUUGUGUGCGAUAACAACUCAAUUUUAAUUUUUAGAUUUUUUUCAAUCAUAUGCGUUCCAGAGUUCUAUUUGACAUGGUGGAUAUUCACCAUUUUCAGUUUUGAAGCCCGUCAUUGUCUUUUAUUGAAUGGUAGAACUCUGUCGACAUAAGGUGUAUUUUGGAGACCCCCUUUGCUGGGUGGUUCUUCGGAUUUGUAUGAAGGUGUGUGUUCGUGGAGCCAAUUGAUUGUCAUUUGACUAAGGUGGACGUUACGUUCGCGCCUUUUAUGAUAAAUGUUAUUUCUGACUGCUAUUGCAAGUGAUUGUGUAAUUUCCGUUUUUGUUCCCCGCCGAGUUGAAAACUUUACUUGAUAAUGUUCUCAAGACUGCUUGUUUAAAAGCAUUAUUAGAAGUUGUCCGGUGGACGAGAUAUUUUGUGUUUUCCUGCAUUUUAUUCAUUUUUGAGCAGUAUUAGCAAAUUCUUUUGUGACCAUUUUACCAUCAGAUCGUUUUGUCUACUUUUUCAAUAAAUGAGAUUUCCUUACA